CCCAAAAUCAAAUAUGAAGCGAAAUUACCCCUCAGGGAGCCAGAAGAGAAAGAAGAAAAGGGAAGAGGAAGACAGAAAAAAACAAGACACUGAGAGUGUAAAUUCAUCCACCCGGAUGUCCAGACCCUGCUGAAACAUUAUCGCCUGAGACACGGAGGGGGUCAUCAAGAUGAUACAGUUGCGUGUGCUGCUCUCUCCCAACAAGGCAAGGCGGAUCAACCUUCCCAGUCUCCCUGAGUCUGUCGACCAUCUUAAGACUAUACUCCAGAGCCAGUUGGAACUGAGAGAUGGUUUUGAUAUACAAUAUGAAGAUCCUGAUUUUGGGAAUGCACUUUGUAAUUUGCAUGACAUAAACGAGUUGCCAGACGGAAAAGCAGUGCUAAAAGUAAUUUGGGAUGAUGAGUUCACCUUGGAAAUCAUAACUUCUACUGAUCCUUCUGAUGCUGGCUCUCUGUCAUCUUUUGACACAGCAAGUCAUAGCAGUGCUGCCAGUUCUACCAUGACCUCGCCGACUACCAGCAAGCAUUUAAGAGAUGCAACCCACUGGCCCUCUCCAUUUGAAGUGCCUAAGUUCUCCAUAGAUGUUGAACUGCGUCUUCAAAAAGCUAAUGACAGCUACCACCAAACUAAAGUCCCCCUGGAUGUGCCGAGAGAUGUGAAAUCAGAAAUCUUAAGCAAACUUGUGCAGGCGAUAUUUGAAGUCAAGCCGUAUCCCACAAGAAAUGAAGUCGAGUCUGUAGUCAUUGCCCUUGUCCGGAAGCACCCAUGCCUCACCGAAGAGCAACCUAGUUCAGGCUGGGAUGCUUGGCUCACAAGUCUUUGGUUUAAAGUGGGCAACUACCGCUUCAAAUUACAUCAAGCUGGGAUGUCUGAGGUGGCUAUCAAUCGAAAAAGGUCUGGUGAAGAUGGUGUGGCAAAAUUCAGCUUGAAGAAAUCUAGAAGAGCAGAGAUCAACUUUCUCCCUGACCAUCCAGAGGGCCAAACGAAUGAAACACUGGAAGAAGAAAGGUUGGAAAUGAUUGAGGAAAUGAAGAAGAAAAACAUGGACACUUCUCUUAUCCAGCAGAAAAUGCACUCUACAUUCUCUCUGUGCCGUAGAGAAGUAGUUGAGGUCCAGCCGCUUGUCCAGGAAAUUAAAGAACGAUGGCCAGCAAUGUUUCUGACUGAUGAGAUCUGCAGGGAGUUUCAUCGCAUUACAAAAGUUCAUCUUAUGGCCACAUUCCAGUCAGCAUUGGAGAAGUUCGCCCCAGCAUUGCUGAAGCUUUACAGAAGUAAGAAGGAGUCAGAGUUCAGAGCACUCCUCGCGCCUCUGGAUGAACAGGUGACGGCGAUAGCAGAACAUAGGAGGAGAGUGGCCUUGGAAGGAUUGCCCAUUUACCUCAAGGAGGAUGCAUCAAAUCUUUUCAAGACAUGUCUGGACACAGAUGAAGAGGAGGAUUACACCAAAGGUGUAAAAAUUGCCAUACUGACAGUCUUCGAGGAUGAUGUAGCAUCCGUUACGUCCCUACCUACGGUAAUCAACAUUGGCGUGAUUUUGGAAGAGAGUGUCAUCGUUCAGGGCAUAAAGGACCUUCCUUCAGCAGUCGCAUACUUGUUUGGCCUGCUGUAUUGCAUCAACAUGGAAUACCCCAAAAACUUGAGAUACACUUUUGAGGUUUUACAGAAAGUUUUCUUUGACAUGGGAGCACACUGCUGCUCUGCACGAGCUCAAUCACUCCGAGGUAAAAUGCAGAAAUGUCUGCGCUAAUGUGGCAAGUCCAUUUCUCUCUCUCGGAGCUGCAAGUCAGGUGAGGGCAAGAGGCGGAAAAGUUUGUUGAAUAGUUAAUUGAUUGUUUUACACAGAUUUUUACUUGUUAAUUGUUUAAGGGCUUAAGGUUUAUUUACUAAAUACUACAGGUCACACCACUGUGUAUGCAGU